AUGCCGUUUGGUAUCCUAUCUCAUCUCAGGUGCUUUGAAUUGUUCAAGAAGAUUGGCGACUUUUAUGGGGGUUUCCUGGACAUUUUUUACGGUGAAUGGUCCGAUGCUUUUGUCCUCAUCAAAGUACUGCGAAAAACUCACAUCCCUGACAAAGUUCCAGUGCUGUUUGGGACAACCAUGUCCGUCGUCAGAAUCGUCGCCUCACCAGAUAGUGUGACUUCCUCGGCAAGUUUGAACAAGUGUUCCCUGUUUUCAGGAUAUGCGAACAGUCACAGUCUAGAAUCGGGUCGUCCUUCUUCCGACAGGGUUGCGCAUAGCCGGCGGAAUCUGUUCCCUCAACCGAGGCGGUGGGAACCCCAAUGA